UCGUUGUACGUCUCUGAUAACUGUGGCUACUACUUUUCCUUUCAUAGUUAUUUGAUAUCUCGCUAGAGUUGUUCUAACAUGGUGUACAGGCGCAAUUCCGUUAACGUGUUAUCGUGAUUUGACGUGUUUGUGCUUACAUCGGAGUCACUGUCAGUCAUCAACCAUGGCGAGCUUGACAGCUUUAAGUUUUUCUGUUUCGGUAGCCGUAGUGAUCUUUAUUUCACGCGACUGCAAGUAAUACAGGAUUUUACUACAGGAGGGCUGUCUGCUAUGACCAAUCAGCGCUUACGUUUUUGAAUAGUAAUCAGGUGUUAUUCUGCAGUCUUUUAAUCAUUUUAAUAGAAGAAGGAUUUUAUGAGCCCUUUAAGUGAUUAAAAACUCGUCAUAAGCAAAGCAAGUUUUAGUGAAAGAUGUUAAUCGAGGAUGUUGCUGCUUUGAAAGCGUGGUUAGCUGUUUUAUUAAAACCAAUCUGUGAUGCGGACCCAGUAGCUUUAUCAAACUACGUUGUUGCACUAGUGAAAAAGGACAGACCAGAAAAGGAACUUAAGGAUUUUUGUGUAGAUCAGUUGGAUGUAUUUUUGCAAAAAGAAACCCCUGCAUUUGUUGACACACUGUUCGAAGGUUUAAAAAGUAGGAGCUACUUGAGGCCCCCGGAAGUUGUGAAGCAAGAAACAAAUCACAUAAAGGAGGAGGAUGGAAGCAAAGAGGCAAAUUUGCAGGCUGUAAAUGAAGAGGAACAUGAUGCAAGAAAAAAGAAACAUUGCAGUCCUCCGAGGAACCACUCAAAUUCAAAUGAAAUAAGGUUGACAUUUUUCUCAACACCCAGUAAUGCAAAAAGGCAACGUGAAAAAAGAGAAAAUAUCAAACGAAGGGAGUAUGACCGACACCUAAGGAAUGAUUCUCACAGAGACAGAUACAACUGGCAUAGGGGAAGAAGCAGAAGCCAGAGUCAAAGUCGUAGUCGCAGUAGAAGCAGAAGUGCAAGUCGAAGUCGAAGCCAUAGCAAAGACAGAACUAAAGAUGAGGAUCAGAAUUUAAACAAAGCUGAACACAGGUGGUCGAGGUUUGAAUCUGAAGUAAAUAAGUCAAAACAAUCCUAUGCUGCAGUAUCUGUGCCUUCCAGUAAUGCGUCUCAGCAGUAUUCUUGCCCAGGGCAGACGAUCCCUAAUAUGGUCACAUCGGAAUCAUCUUUGGAUCACAGAGCCUACACUUCUGCGAACUGGUCUGGUUACUGCACUAGUCAGCAUCAAACAAAUUCUUUCAGCAGACCGCCUACUUUGAAAGAGCGAUGCCGAGAUUAUGAUGAGAAAGGAUUUUGUGUUCUGGGAGACUUGUGUGUUUAUGACCAUGGAACUGACAGACUAGUUGUUGAUGAAAAAGCAUUGCCAAAGAUUAUUCCAUUUCCUCCACCACCCCCUGGUGUAUCUCUACCUGGUCUUUUGUUGCCACCUAUGACAGGACCACCUCCUAACCUAGUAAUGCCAUUGCCACCUCCACAGCCGCCACCUCCUAAUGUCUUCUCAUUACCAGGACCACCUGUAUCACAGACAAACAUGAUGAAUCUUGAGCCCCCAAGGGCAAACACAGUUCACAGUCUUGCACCAGUAGGAGUGGGACAACCUUUUCCUCAGCAUCUGCAGUAUACUGUAUCAGAAAGUACAUGUGAGCCAGAUGGUUAUAACCCUGAGUCUCCUGGUAUUACAGCAGUUGGUCGACCUUUGAAUAGAACAUUUUUUACAAGGUCACAAACUCAGCGAUCCAAUCUAAUUGGACUUACAUCAGGUGACAUGGAUGCACCUCAAAGAGUUACCAGUGUUGAAGUCCAGAUGGAACCAGCUGCACCUGUCGCCACCAUCAGUAAUAUUUCUCGGGUUGGAACUGAGACAGAUAAAAGGAAAAAUUUGAAUAGUACCACUGGAUUGGCAUCAGAGAAACCCUGUUUAGAAAAUUCUCAUCUGCAGCCUGGAGUACCCUUUCAAGUCAACCGCAGUUGUCCAAAACGAACUGUUGUAUAUACCAAUACAAAGUUAGAAGUUCGGAAAAUUCCACCACAGUUAAAUAAUAUAACUCAGCUUAAUACGCAUUUCUGCAAAUUUGGAACCAUUGUAAAUAUUCAGGUUGCAUUUGAAGGUGAUCAUGAAGGAGCCCUAAUUCAGUACACCACUAAUGAAGAGGCUAGACGUGCCAUUUCUAGUACAGAGCCAGUUCUGAACAACAGGUUCAUCAAAGUAUUAUGGCACAAAGAAGAACAUCAUCCAAAUAUUCCUCAGAAAGUAGCUGCUCCACAGGUACCUUUAUCAAGUGUGCUGACAACUUCUCCAAAGAUGUUUACCAACCAAUCUGGUCUCACAAAAACAGUGUAUGGAUAUAACAGCUUGAAGACAACACACAAAAUUGUGACUAAAGCUAAAGUUGCACUAGAAGCUCGGAAAAAGAAGCAGGAGACACUAAAACUCCAGCAGGAUAUGAGGAAAAAAAGGCAAGAAAUGUUAGAAAAACAAAUUGAAUGUCAGAAGAUGUUGAUAAGUAGAUUGGAGAAAAACAAAUCCAUGAAACCUGAUGAAAGAGCAGAAAUUAUGAAAACCCUUAAGGAGCUUACAGAAAAAAUUUCACAUCUUAAGGAUGAAUUAAAACCCCUGUCAUCAUCAUCUUCAGACUUAAAGCUAAAGUCACAAAAUGAGGCCCAGAAAGAAUUGUUGGAUGCAGAGCUAGAUUUGCACAAAAAGAUGACUUCAGGAGAAGAUACUGCUGUGCUGCAGAAAAGGCUUAAUCAGCUUCAAGUUGAGGCCACGCAGUUGGGUAUAUUCCCAGGUGUUCAACGUAAGACCCUCCAGAGCCCAUGUCGAACGAGAGAGCGGGAACACACUGAGAGAGGACGGAGUAGAAUAACUCACAUGGUUGUAGAUCACCGACCUAAAAAAUUAGUAGUGAGUGGAUUUGUAGAGCAUGAAAAAGCUGAAUUACUGUUACAUAUUGGUAAAUUUGGAAAAGUUGAAGAUGUACAAGUAGAAUACUGUCCACUACGUGCAUUGAUGACAUUCACGACACGACACGAAGCAGAAACAGUGGCAAACUUUGGUACAAGAUUCAAAGGCCGUAAUCUACAAUUAUCGUGGUAUAAUCACAAAGUUCCUACAGUAACAGCUGAACCAGAGGAUGAGCAAUCUCAUGAAGAGCACCUGCCGUCAGAAAAAGGUCAAGAAGUGAUGCAAAAUGAAAUCAGUCUACAAAACUCUAAGGAUGAACAAGGAAUGGUGGAUUCUUUAAUGACGGAUGCAUCUGAUCUGUUUUUGCAUGAUGACGAUGACGAUGAUGAAGAUGAUGAAUAUGAACCCCGCUCGUGGAGAAGAUGAAACUGUUACCUUAAAUAAUUUUAAAGUAGAGACUUGUGACUGCUUUUAUUUUUAACUUUAUUUAAUGUACAAAUGGAAUUUGAAACCCUGGCUGAAAAUGAGCCAAAAGUACUUGAAUUCCUGCAGUUUGUUUGCAACUUUCUGAAAUGCAUUUUAUGAGUCAGAAGGUAGUACUGACCUUUAUGUUAAGGUUUUGAAGAUUGGAAAGUUCAGCAUUGCACUUAAUUUUAAUUACUGUGCUGGAAAGCUGUUUUGUUACAGUAAGUGCCUUUACUGCAUAUGUUCAGCAGCACACUUUCCUUGUUGAGUAGUGUUUCAUUGCUAGCCUUUAGAAGUACUAGUGACACUUUUAAGUGCAUUCAAAAGGACCACAUUUUGCUUGAUAGCACAGUCGAGUGUUACAGCUUUGGUCUGCCAAAUAUUUAGCAGGAAAAAUUAUUUUGUUUCCACUAGGUUUUACUUCUCCGAAUUGUGUAUGCCAAGUGUAAACCAGUAUUGAGAUCUUGCUUUUACUGUGGACACCACCAUUUUGCCUGAGUUUUUGGGGUGGCAGAGAACAUUUUUGCAUGCCACAUAACACAGCUGCAUUGGCUGAAUGAUAGAAAGAUACAGCUCUGAUCGAUUAAUGGCCUGAACACUGGAUAAGUAGGCUAUAGAGAGGAGGAAGAACAAGGUUUCCCUUGCUUACACCUCCUGGGAGAGGAGUGUGUGUAUGUGUCUUGAGUUGAAAAAAAAGCAUGUUUCCCUAAGUUCUUGGUGAAAACCAGGAGCAGAGCAGAGAGAAUUGGUAGUAACUUGCUGGUGUAAGGACGUCGGAGUUGAGUGAGAUUGUUUCACCAUGUUGGUAGGGGUAGCUGCACUACUGUAUUGUACACUCUUAAUGGCAUGCAGUGGGAGAAUUUGUUAGGGAUGGAAAAAAAAUCCUACAAUGGUUGCAUGCCUGAGUAUACAGCAAUUUACUUUCAUCUUGUAAAGAAGUAAAUGUACGGAAGAUUGCAGUAAGUGACCAGACUGCUGGUCAGCAGGCAAGCAGGAGGCAAAAUAUAUAUAUAUAUAUAUAUAUGUACACACACACUUUACUACCUUGCUGGAUGAUGUGGUUUUAUUGCACUGAUCUUGCAGUUAUGGUUUACAUACAUUUAAAUGUAAUGAAUAGGUGUGCAGCACUGGAGAACUUUGAUGAGCCCAGUUUCUUAUCUGCUCCACAGAUUCUAGUUAAGUGGUAUGCUCAGAGUCACACAAUAGGUGAAUGGAAGGAGAGGAAAUCAAACCCUGGAAUAUCAGAAGCAGUUCACUGACACCUCAGUUCCUUAAUCCUCUCUCCUAACUGCGAGGCCGUAAUGGCUGAUGAUGGUUGGAGCUCCUUAUACUGUGAAAUGCUGAAGGUAAACUCCAUGUAGCAAAGAAUAUGAAAACUGAAGAUUGUAAUACCAGACUGAUAGUGUGGUCAUAAGAAUUUUAUACUAUUUUUAGAUGGAUAAAUAUUUUUUCAGCUGCAACUCAUGUCACAAGGAUAAAUGCAGAAAUAUAUGGAGAGUUUAGUAUAUCCAAUCAGCUAGUCUGUGUUUUUGGAGGUGGAAAGAAACCAGACCACCCACAGUAAACUUUGAGGCACAUAGCCCUUUUAGUUCCAGAAUUAGGAACAAAGCCAAAAAUCAUAGACAACGGCCUUAAAUGAGGAGUGCUUAAAUAUUGGUGAGAUUAGCUCUAAAUGUUGACAGAAUAAGAGAGUCUGAAUUAGUACACAUUUUUGAAGUAAAAAGUAACUGUAAUAACUGUUGAGUGUCAUCCACCACCUUUUCUCAAAACAUUUGCCUGCUGUUGCUAGCUGUAGGGGUAGAGGAAAAUGUUGAGUGAAAGUCAGGGGUAUUUGAGAGGUAUGCAGAGGGACAAUAAUAAUGCACUAAAUCCAGAUGUGACUGCACAGCAGGUCUGGACUCUGGACCUUUUAUCUUUGAGGCAGACAUUUCAACCACUGAGCCACUGUGCUGUAAAAUAUUCAUUUCCACUCUCCAGCUUUGACCUACCUCUUCACCUACUUUGCCACAUUUCUAGUUUGCCACUGCAGUCCUUUUCAGAAAGAUAAUUAUUUGUUAUUAGUCGAGAUGACCAAAACUGAGUAAGUAAUAUGCCUGCCUUGUAGAAAGAAUUUGUUGACAUGAAAUAAGUAUUACUUAAAUCCAUCUGUCAUUAUUUAUCAUUUUCUGGAUGUAGACUUUUUGAUAGCUUUUUGCUGUUUACUAGUAACGUCAUUGACUGUUCAGGAUGAGUUCUGUCAGAUGAAAAAUAUUAUUGAGCUUAGUUGCCGUUCUGAUGAAAGCAGAAUGCUUAGCAUUUUCAUGUUAUGAUGUAACUAAGAUGACAGAGUAUUACACUGUGAUGUAGUGCUCAUCUGUCAAGAAGUCGAGAGUCAUCACCGAGGCAGUUUUUUUAGUAGUCAUUUGCUCUGGAAACUUCUUUUGGGGUUGACAUGCCUAGGAGCAUUUCUUUUAGCAGUGUCAAUGAAUCCCCAUCCUCAGUAGUUUGCUAGUUUGACAUUUUCAACAGAGUCCCCUUUUCUUUCCUGCCACUGUAGUAUAUAUAUCUAGAACAACCCAAUAAUACUUUCCACUUUUGCUGGUUAUUAUUUUAUCGUUUGUCGCCCUUUCCUUGUUAUUAUACAACACUUCCAGAACUUGACAUUUAAAACCUAAAAAAAAUCUUGUAUAAGCCCGGUACACAAGGCAUUAUCAUUAUGUUUAUUAGUAAUGCAUAAUUAUGUUAGGCUAGUGUAUCUUAAUUUUGAAUCCUCCUCAUAAUUUUUCCAUCGUAGUAUGCAUUACAAACUUAACAAGAUGAGACUAUUUUCUAUGUAAUUGCAUCAGUUCUUUGUAGAAUACUAAAAUAUGACUGCUUCUGGAUACAUUCUGGUACAUUUUUAAGCAAUUUGAUUUUUCUCACCUUUUACCAUUUCUUUUGGCAGUGCAUUUCAUUUGUCCAUUUCAUAUUUUGCUGAGAUGUCCUUACAUUUCUUCUGCAUCUCCCUUCCUUAAAUUUCUCCCCACAGUCUUAUCCUGUACGUUUUUCACUGUAAAAUAGUGGAUACUUUACUUUUGCUUAGCAGAGUAAAAUAAUUGUAUUCCAAACUUCUGUUAUAGCCCGUGUCCUUCUGUUCCUGAUCUUGCAUUUCUAUGAUUUGUGAUGUAAUCCCUUUGGUAUUCUAUUUGUCUUAACUACUUAGAAUGUUUUCUUCCUUUUUCUUCACAUGGAUGUGAUACUGAUACAAGAUACAUUGGAACAGGGCGAAACCAUAACACAAUCUGUUAGAGAAUAGUGACCCUGUGUAUAUUACUGAAACCAAGCAGCCUCAUGGGUUGACAUGAGUCAGGUUAUCAGAGGUGAAAUGUGCAUUCUAUCUGCAGAUGCUGCUCUUCCCACUGUGCAGUGCAGUGAAACAUACAUGUGCAAGUAACGUUAUAAGCCAGUUUGCACUUGUUGAAACAUGUACUACACAAAACAGCCUCUUCAUAACUCUUCCUUAGCAGAAUAGUGCCUCCUAUCUGUAUCCUCUUUUUGCUGAAGACUUUUGGUAGUGUAUUAUUCCACUCUAGCUUGUUGUUCCUUGUCCAUAUUUUAUAAUGGUGAUUUAUUUUGUCCCAGUGCAGUGGUGACUUUGCCUGAAUCAGUCCCUGGUAUUUGAAUAUGUUUUCCUUUGUAGCUUAGCAUCCAAACUUUCUCAGUUUGCUCUUGAAGAUUAUUGCUGCCUAUGAACAGUUUCCUUGCUUACUGGGUUAGUGGAUUUGCAGUGUCAUUAUUUCAUUACCACCUUACUUGCCAUUGUCUCAUAUCUUCUUGGCAGCAGCAGCCAAUGACUGGUGGCAUACUUCCCAACUGUUCAGAAUUUUGCAGAAGGUCCAGCUUUUUUGUCAUAAUUUCAGUCUGUACCUCACAUAAUUUGUGGUUUAAUUGACAAAUCAUUGAAGAUUGAAGUAACUAAAUAAUGACAGUCAUUUGAGUUUCAGAUUUCAUUUCCUUGAGAAAAUAAAUCCUAAUGCAAAGUCUGUUCUUCCAGCAACUUUCUAUUUUUUUAAGAACAAUAACUAAAAUCUGUCCCUGAUUUUUUAGCCCUUUUCCCGCAUAUUGUUGGGUUUGUCUCAAAUACUUGUGCUAAGAUGUUGAGAGGUACAGCUAACUGUUGGUGUAGCUGUUUGUUUGCUUCUAUUCUACAAUCUGAUAUUGGAGACCUAAGCAAUUUGGGGCAUUAAAUAACAGAUGUAUGUAUUUUAUAAGAAUUUGUGAAUUGAAAACUUGGAGAUAUAGGAAACCAUACAAAAAAAGGGUGAAUAUCUUUAUCUGAAAUCAGGGAGAUGAUGGGCCUAUAGAUGCCAGGCCUGAAGUCAACAUCCUGAGGGGAGAGAACAAGCACUAGAUUUAAAGGAAAUAGUUAUAUUAAUGAGGAGACUGUUAAUCUGUCUUGUCUGACUAGUUAUGGCAGUUGACUUCCUGGAGUCCUGAGCUAAUCUAAAAGUCUUGACUGUCACACUGAAAUUUGAGACUAAAAAGUCUGUACCUAGCAAACACCAGCUUAGAUCAUCCCAGAGAGCAAAGUUUGUGUACAUUUUUGCCAUUGUAUAUGGACAUAAUUUGGUUGUUUUAUAUAUUGUGCUACAAGGAUGUGCAUGAAAUAGUCCAUCAUCCUGAGCUUACUUUUUCAUUUGGCUGUUUGAUGAUGCAACUGGAAAUGUAUGAAUGCCAUUUUAUAUACCAAUGUCUCCAGUCUACUGCACAUUUUGUUGUGGGAGGCGCUAACACAUCACAUUUGAAAUCUUGUAUGCCUACAGUUCCAAUUCUGGAAUUGUACAUUAGCUUCCAGAAUGAGGCCACUUUCACAAAAGGGAAACCAUCAACUGAUUGGUUUAUUACAUGAUUAUAUUUUCUUCCCACUCUUUUGUAGCCAUUUGUAAACAAAACAGAUAGCCAUUGUAGUUUUUUGGAAAAUGUGAAAGUUUUAUUAUUGAACUGCAUCCUAAAAUAUUUUUUGUAGCUUUCAAAUAGUGUGAUCCUAAUCAGUUUAUUUUCCUGUAUUUAAGUUUGACCACUGCUGCUUUUUUAAAUGAGUAUCUUUAGAGCUAUGUAACUUUUUACAGACUCAUGGAAGCCAUGAAAAAAAAUUGCGUGUAAUUAUUCUCCCAGAGAAUGCAGUGAUUACAUUGAACACGCAAAGUAAAUUUGCAGGCACUUUGUCCAAUAUGAUACUUGCUUUUUGUGCUUUUUAUGGUCAUGAUCUGCAAUUUAAGAAAAGAAAAGGUACUUCUGAAGGCUUAGAUCUUUCUUCUGCCGUAUGUCUUUAACUUGUUUGUCAUAAAAAGACCUUAUUUGUUGCUUGCUUGCCUGGUGCUAUCUGUUGUUAAAUUUCAAAACAAAAUCUUUUGACGUUAUUAGACCCUUGUGUAAAUUGCUGGGCUGGGACAAGAAGGAUGUAAUUUGUUUUAUUGUAUAUUUGUGUACAGAUAUUUUCACGUCAAUGUACUGUAUAUUAUAUGUGUAAAUAAUUUUGCUUUUUAUAUGCCAAGAUCCACCAGCAUACAAAUAUAAAUAAGGUUUGUUGUAUUUUUUAUUUAAAGAAUAGAAUAAAUCCAGUGACAGAAUAAGGCUGUUAAUUACAGUUGACUCUGUUUUGCAGCUAUAGAAGCUUUGAUCCCUUUCACAUGAUUUUAUAUCCAAUCUGCAUGUGUUGGUUUGUAGCAUGUGUAACAGAUGGUGGUUGUCAAUUAUUUUGUCACACAACUUCAUUAACAGAUAAAUGUUAGAUCCAAGGUCAUGUAAGUUCUAGGGAAAUAAAGACCAUGUCUUUUGAAUAUUUUGUUUCUCUGAGGAGUAUUAGAAUACUUAUUAUUUUUUGUUUAUAAAAAAUUGUAUAUAUAUAUAUAUAUAGAUAUAUGUUUUGUGACUAUACCGAUUCUGUAAAGUUGCAACUUAAUGAACCUUGGUUAUUUCUGAUUAACUUAAUCAGUUACUUGCACCACUUCUGUUUAUAACUUAAGUAUUUAUUUCUUUAUUUGUUGUGUUGCCAUACUUGAGGCAAUGUAAAGAUGUACUGAAAAUAAGAAAAAAAUUGAUGUCUUUAUUAAUGUGAGCAUUCAUACUGGACCAGACUAAGCUUAUGGGUGACAACUGCUUACAGUGUGUUACUUUACUAUUUAUAAAAAGAGUGGUGUUACAGUACUGGGGUGGAUUUUGUAUGCUCACAUUGUAGAAAAUUGACAUAGUUAAAUGCAUCCAGCGAAACAGGAGCAUAGCCAGGAUAUUUGGACUUGUACACCAUUGUCACAAGAAGUGCAUGUUUCUGAAGAGCAUAACUGUUCAGUAACAGGGUUAAACUGUACUUAAACACACACAUGUGCAAGCGCGUCCAAACACACACACACACACACACGCACUCACUCUCUCUGUCUCUUAUGCGCUUGCUCGCUCACUCGCAUACUUUUACCAAUAUGUUCAGCUAGCAUGACAUUCUGAAAAAAGUAGCAAAGUCUGUAAUUUAGUAAAACAAAAAAAUAAGUUAAUAAAAGUGUGGCAUAUUUACCAUAAGUUAUAGCAUAUAUGUUGUAGCACAAAGUAAAUUGUUUUGAAAAAAAUUGACAUGCAGCUGCGUACAUAGUAUAUGCCUGGCUCAUGUCCCUGCAGUAAAAAUAAUUAUAAAACUGUAGGUUCUCUUGUUUCUUUAGGCAGAUUUGUCUGCCCAACUAUGUCCCGGGAAUGUGGUCUGAUAUUAGCAAGUGAUAUACUUGCAGUUGGAAAUGUAAAAUAAUCAUGUGCAAGGGAAUGUUUUCCAUCUUGACUUUGUGUAGAGUAAUGUAUUAUAGUUUUUAAAACUCUUAAACCUCUUUAAUAGUAUUUUAAGAUAAUAAUAUUAAAUUUCUAAUUGUUUAUACAGAUUCAUUUAUGUACGGUUUUAUUGAUUGUCUAAAUUUUUAAAGAGCGUGUUCAUUUUUGCAAUAAAGCAGUGAUGUGGAAUGGUUUAUAAGAACAGUAACAAAAAAAAAAAAAAAAAAAAAGAAAGAAAAGAAAAAAGAUGAAAAAUCAAAACAUCCAUAACCAUUCCUCAUGAAAGAACAUAAAAUGUGUGUUGUUUCAUUUUUUUCUGAUUUAAUUCUGUUUUUGUAAUUCUUCACAUUUUGUGGUAUCAUUAAUGUUUAUGUUUUAUUCAUCUUCCAUUUUCUUAACUAGUACUAUGAAAUUGUACAUCUAGACGACAGUCUUGCUCUGUAGGUAAUGUAGACGGAGGCAUCCAGCAACGUGGUGAUGAUUCCAUAACAUUACUGCUAUACCCCACCCGCAAUUCAUACACCAGUGUGCCAGUUUUGAUGAAAUGUGUUGGAAAGGGAGAGUGCAUCUUCACAAUUGUAGUUCUUUUCCACAGUGAUGCAGCAGAGU